AUGGAUCUCAGUGACUAUGAAGAUGAAUAUUCAGAUGCCCUACCAGCACCUCCUCCAUUUACCCCUUAUCCCAUGACAGUCUCUUAUUCUGCACCACCACCUCCUGAACCAUAUAGACCACCUCCGGUUCCCACGGCCGCUACUACCUCUACCCCUAUCACUAUCACACCUCCUAAGUCCAUCCAUACCAUUAUGUCCCCCUCAGCAAAUACUCUAUCUGAGUUUCUCACAAACCUUACCAUCCCAGAACCGUCACCCCUUCCUUCUUUUAUGAAUGAAGGUCCUCAACCUGCUGCACCUCAUGUUUCAGAAAUGGAUGAUGAUCCUGAAAUACAGAAUCUUGAAACACCUAGACAACCCCAUGUCCCUCCUACACCCUUUACCCCAUAUCAAAACCAGGACUCAAAGCAAAUUUUUACCCUGGAUGAUAUUCCUGUUUCUAAAUGA